GAACAGUUACUCUACAUGAUGUUCACUGCAGUGGCAGAGGAAGGUGGUCACAUCGGACCCAAAGAGGGAGACACAGCUGUGGUUUUCAGGAAGGUGAUUACAAACGUUGGUAGAGCCUACGAUAACAGUUCAGGUAUCUUCAAAGCUCCUUAUGCUGGUUAUUAUUACUUUUCCUUCUUCUAUCGUGCUGGAAAAGAACUUCAAUCAGGGCUGACUCUGAUGAAGAGCAGCACUGUUAUCGUCAAGGCAUUUGAUAACAAACCGCCAAACGUCCACAGCAUUGACAAUGCAGGAAAUGCUGCCUGCCUGGAGCUGCAAGCAGGAGAUCAGGUGUUUGUCAUCCUGCCUGCAAAGCAUCAAGUUUGGGGAUCCAAUGACUGCACCACCUUCAGUGGUUUCCUGAUCAGUCGAGUUUGAGAGUUGGAUGACUCCAGAAGGAUGAUUCCCAAAUCUGAGAUCAAAUAU